AAUUCAUUGACAGAGCCAUCCGUAUAUUAACCUGAAUCAAUUUGCUACCGCAAGUCUUGGUCAAUUACUGCGUCAAGUCUGGGUCCUUGAUGCCCGUAGCUAUUGCAAGCUGCAUAGUCGGCCAGUACUUGCUUGGAAUAACAAUCAGCCAUCUGACGUCCUUCACGAAUAUCGUGUUUGUGCACGCUACUCAUAGAAAUGCAUUUAUGCAUGUUUGGAACGUAGCUGUCGUGCUCUAUAAAAAUGUGGGUCUAAAUCGAUAUAUUCAAGUCUUAAAAAUUACUUACUAAACUGAAAAAGGGGGCAGCGCUGUGUGGGCAGCGCU